AUGCCGGAGGCGGACACGCUGGCCGCGGUGACCGCGGCGGAGGUGGUGUCCCCGCGAUCUGGCUACUUCCGGCAGCGGAGCAUAAACGCCCCGGAUCCGGACCGCAAGGCGUUCGACGUCGAGAACCCGCCGGGAGCCUCCGUGGGCGCCGCCGGAGCCGGGGCAGGAGGCCUGGGGCUCCGGCCCAGCGAGUCCGUCGCCAAGCUGGAGUCGCUGGAGCGGGCGGAGCGCGCCGCCCUGGCGCCCGCGGUCGUGCUCAAGACGGGGUUCUACAUCCUCGUCUGGUACACCUUCAGCACCUGCCUCACCCUAUACAAUAAGACGCUGCUGGGGGACAAGCUGGGCAAGUUCCCGGCGCCGCUGCUGAUGAACACUGUGCACUUCGCGCUGCAGGCCGCGCUCUCCAAGAUCAUCCUGCUCUUCCAGGCCAAGGGGAUCGACAGCGCUGUCGAGAUGAGCUGGAAGGAUUACUUCAUGAGAGUCGUCCCAACCGCUCUGGGAACCGCGCUCGACAUAAACCUGAGCAACGCGUCUCUGGUCUUCAUCACGGUCACGUUCGCCACUAUGUGUAAAUCCGCGUCGCCAAUAUUCCUUUUGCUAUUCGCUUUUGCAUUUCGGUUGGAGAGCCCCAGCAUCAAGCUUCUAGGAAUCAUAGUUGUCAUUUCCAUUGGGGUUCUGUUGACAGUUGCCAGGGAAACUGCGUUUGACUUCUGGGGCUUCAUAUUUGUGACGCUUGCUGCUGUUAUGUCAGGAUUCCGCUGGUCCAUGACUCAGAUUCUAUUGCAAAAAGAUAGUUAUGGCCUGAAAGAUCCAAUCACCCUGAUGAGUCAUGUUACUCCGGUGAUGGCCAUAGCCACCAUGGUACUAUCUCUCCUGUUGGAUCCUUGGAGUGAUUUUCGAAAGAACACGUAUUUCGAUAACCCAUGGCACGUCAUGCGCAGUUUCUUACUUAUGCUAAUCGGAGGGAGCUUGGCUUUUUUCAUGGUUGCAGUUUUUUAUUUCCAUGAUGAAUUUACUUGGUUGAAAGGGGUUGGUCUUACCACUACUAUGGUUGGUGUUAGCUUAUUCAACUGGUACAAGUAUGAGAAAUUCAAGAAGGGUCAGAUAAAUGAGGAUGGAGUCGAUUCACCUUCAUUUAGUGGGGAUGCCAAAUACAUUAUUCUAGAUGACCUGGAAGAUGAGGAUGGGUUUCUGGAUGAAGAUACAUAA